AUGACGCGCCUGAUUCGACCCAUCGCGUGGGCUAGAGAGGCAGAGCAGCUCAUCAGCGCUGGCUCGGGCCGGGUCCACUCGGGCGCCGUGGAUACGAUCCGGGCUAGCUUGACCCGGGAUGUUUCUAUAGAAACCGCGAGGACUUGGUCCGGGGUUAGGUCGGGUCGGGUCGCGAGGAGGGGGUCUAGGGCUGUUAAGCAGGAUCGACGGGUCGGGCGACAGAAUUCAUGGACUGCCGGGUUCGGGUCGGGCGAGGAGUGGUUGGGCACGAGGUGGAUGAUUAUGCCGCCGAUGAUUAGCGUUAAUAGGAAGAUUAGGGUGAAGAAAGCGAGGAUUAGGGACUUGUUCCUGCGGCGGAGGGAGGGGACGUCGUCGUUUUGGGGGAGGAGGCUGGCUUUGGAGCUGGCUCGUCGAAAUUUAUGA